GUUUAGGAGCGAAGGAAAUGUGAGCGAUAAGAGUUUUUUUUUAUCCUCACUUCCCCAACGUCGUUCAUUCUUUUUCACUCUCCACUCCUUUCUUUCAUUUCCCUUUAUACAUUUUAUCAUGGCUUCUUGGGCAUCUCAGCUGGGUCAGAAGAUCGCCAGCCCAGAAUUUAGAAAUUACUUGAUGAGCACCCAUUUUUGGGGCCCUGUUGCCAACUGGGGUCUUCCUCUUGCGGCCAUUUCGGAUUUCAAGAAGGAUCCCGAGUUGAUCUCGGGCAAGAUGACUGGUGCCUUGACAGUCUAUUCUUUGCUCUUCAUGCGUUUCGCCUGGAUGGUUCAACCUCGCAACUACCUUCUCUUUGCUUGCCAUGCUACCAAUGAGACUGCUCAAUUGAUUCAAGGAUACCGUUUUAUUGACUAUCACCACUUUGGCGGCAAGGAGAAGCAGGUAACAGCGAAAGCCGACGAGAGCCUCAAGGUCCCUUUGGAGACUAAGGCCUAAACAAUGAAGCAUCAAUAGCAUAUAAAGGGCAAUCUUGAUGUUGCAUGUAAUAAAGAAGCAUUAGAAACAAACCAUGCUGUGG